AUGAACGGCUUUUAUUGGGUCUGGCCAGAAACACCGCCUCAAACAAGCCCGUACACCUCACGCUUCAUAACGUUACGUAUUGGAAAGUCAUCAAACGAGUACAAGGUUCCAGAGGACUUCAUACAAAAAUAUCCCAAUCUUUCAGCCAAAAUUCGCAAUUUUUCCAGCGCCGACGAAAUUCCCUGCUUAGAUGAUAUCGACAGUGAAAUUGGGCAUACAUUUGUCCAUUUCCUAUAUUCUGGUGCAUGUGAAACACUUGGUGAAAAACGCAACGUUUGGCCAGAGGAAAGGAAUGCGGAAAAAUACAGACAUAGUAUUCUCAUCUACUCUGCUGCAGUAAAGUAUGAUAUCUGGGGCUUGGUGAAGCUUGCAAAGGCUCAGAUAAGACAGAUGUCAGCAAAUCUGCCGCUUUCCAGCUUGAUCAGUAAUGCGAGAGAACUCGUUGAUGUCUUACCAAACGGGGACACGUGGUUCUUGAAGUUUUUAAGGAACAAAGUCUUACAGGCUCAUGAAGACAAUGAAGAUAUCUUCACACGAAGAGGCUUCUUUAAGGGAUUCGGUAAGCAUGAGACCCUCGACCCAUUUUUGUGCCAGUGUAUUGUGGAGGCCUACCAAAAUAAGGUUGCAAAAUUGAAGGAGCAAGCUCAAAAAGCCAUUGGCGAGUCUAUACAAGAAGACUCUAUGAGUAAAGAAAUUCUUCUGGUGGAAGAAGAGGUCAAUGAAGAUAUUCCGGAGCCACACAAUGAUGACAUCGGACAAGCUGAAGAAACAUCUUCUCCCACAGAAGCCAUGAAGGAGCCACUAGGUGUCAAGCAUGGAAUGUCACAAAUAAUUCCUAGUGAGAAUUAUGCCACUACACUGUGCCCUAAAGAGAUACAACGGCCAGAAGAACACAUGGCCGAGGAGUUUGCUCAAGAAGACGGCGUUUGGGAUACCAUGGACGCUUCUUCUCUGAGAAAGAAAGAUAAAAAGAAAGGCAGAAAGAAGAGCGCACUUUUGAAUGUAAAGGAAAAUCAUGCUUCAAAUGGUUCUGAUGAGUGGUGA